GACGCGGCCCGGGCCGGGCAUGUGGCGGCGGCGGGGCCGGGGGCGGCCGGGGCCGCCGAUGUGUCCGGAGUGAAGCAGCUGCCAGAGCAGGGCAAGGCCUCCCCCAUGGGCACCUCAGACAUGGAGAGGAAAACGUCCUAUGAGGAUGUCUCUGGGGAGCCCGGGGGGCUCGGGGGGGUGCUCAGCACCAUCUCCAGCAGCAGGAGCCCCCUGCAGCCCCCCGAGGCUGAGGAUGAGGAGCCCUUCAGCACCUACUUCGACAGCAAGAUCCCCAUCCCCGAGGAUGAGACGCAUUCCUGCUUCAGCUUCCGCAAGCUGUGGGCGUUCACGGGCCCGGGGUUCCUGAUGAGCAUCGCGUACCUGGACCCCGGGAACAUCGAGUCCGACCUGCAGUCGGGGGCUGUGGCCGGCUUCAAGCUGCUGUGGGUGCUGCUGCUGGCCACCAUCAUCGGGCUGCUGCUGCAGCGGCUGGCGGCCAGGCUGGGCGUGGUGACAGGGCUGCACCUGGCCGAGGUGUGCCACCGCCAGUACCACAAGGUGCCCCGGAUCAUCCUGUGGCUCAUGGUGGAGUUGGCCAUCAUCGGCUCGGACAUGCAGGAGGUGAUCGGCUCUGCCAUCGCCAUCAACCUGCUCUCGGUGGGCAAGACGGGAUUGGGGUUGGGAUGGGAUUGGGAUUUUGUUUGGGAUUGGGGUUGGGCUCUUCUCACCUUGGUGACAAAGGGACUUUUCCUUACAGGCCUGAGGAAACUCGAGGCGUUUUUUGGGCUCCUCAUCACCAUCAUGGCCCUGACCUUUGGAUAUGAGUACAUCACGGUGAAGCCCAACCAGCAGAAGCUGCUGCAGGGUCUGUUCAUCCCCUACUGCCAGGACUGCGGCACCGCGCAGCUGGAGCAGGCCGUGGGCAUCGUGGGCGCCGUCAUCAUGCCCCACAACAUGUACCUGCACUCCGCCCUGGUCAAGUCCCGGCAGGUGAACCGCGCCGACAAGAGGGAGGUCAGGGAGGCCAACAAGUAUUUCUUCAUCGAGUCCUGCAUCGCGCUCUUCGUCUCCUUCAUCAUCAACAUCUUCGUGGUCACCGUCUUCGCCGAGGCCUUCUUCGACAAGACCAACGCCAACGUGAGCCAGGUCUGUGCCAACUCCAGCAGCCCCCACUCCUCGCUGUUCCCCAACAACACCGACGCCCUGGAGGUGGACAUCUACAAAGGGGGCGUGGUCCUGGGCUGCUACUUCGGCCCGGCCGCGCUCUACAUCUGGGCCAUCGGCAUCCUGGCGGCCGGGCAGAGCUCCACCAUGACGGGCACCUACUCGGGCCAGUUCGUCAUGGAGGGGUUCCUGAACCUGCGCUGGUCGCGCUUUGCGCGGGUGCUGCUCACGCGCUCCAUCGCCAUCACCCCCACGCUGUUCGUGGCCAUCUUCCAGGACGUGGAGCACCUGACGGGCAUGAACGACUUCCUCAACGUCCUCAUGAGCCUGCAGCUCCCGUUCGCGCUGAUCCCGGUGCUCACCUUCACCAGCCUGCCCAGCGUCAUGCACGACUUCGCCAACGGCCUGUUCUGGCGCGUGGCCGGGGGGCUGCUGAUCCUGCUCAUCUGCAGCAUCAACAUGUACUUCGUGGUGGCGUACGUGAUGGCGCUGCACAGCCUGGCGCUCUACAUCGGGGCCGCCCUGCUCAGCCUCGUCUACCUGGCCUUCGUCGCCUACCUGAGCUGGCUGUGCCUGGUGGCCCUGGGCGCCUCCUUCCUGGCCUGUGGCAGCACGGGCCGCCUGGGCUUUGCCGCCCGCCCCGAGCUCUUCCUCCUCGGCCACGUCGGUUCCGACCCAUCCGUGCCCAGGUGACCCCGGAGCCCGCGGACCCCCGGGACCCCCAGGACCCCCGGUGUGGGGGAAUGGACCCCCGGGACCCCCCCGAGCCCCGGGUGGGCAGCAGGAGCAGAGUGGGACACUGGGAGCAGGAGGACACCUGGGGACACCCGAGCCAGCUUUGGGGACACCCAGGACAGACUUGGGGACACCCGGGCCGGCUUUGGGGACACCUCAGCCAGACUUGGGGACACUCAGACCAGCUCUGGGGACAUCUGAGCCAGCCUUGAGGACAACUGGGCCACUCCUGGGGACACCUGGGACAGCCCUCGGGACACCGGGCCAGCUUUGGGGACACCUGGGAUGGUCUUGGGGACACCGGGCCAGCCAUGGGGACAUGUGGGACAGCCUUGGGGACACUCAGACCGGCCUUGGGGACACCCAGGACAUCCCUGGGGACACCUGGGCCAGCUUUGGGGACAGUCAAGGCCACCCUGGGGACACCCAGUCCAGGCUUGGGGACACUUGGCCCAGCUCUGGGGACACUGGGCUGGUCUUGGGGACACCCAGGCCAGUCCUGGGGGUUUUCCCUAAUUCAGGAAUUUUCCAUUUGGGAUUUCUCAGAUUUUCACUCAGGUCACUCCGGCAGGAUUUUGCUCCUCGGGGUUUUUUCCCUAACUGGGGAAUGUUCCAGUUGGGAUUUCCCAAGAAAAUGAAAGCCAGGUUUAAUUCCCAAGAAAAUGAAAGCCAGAUUUAGUUCCCAAGAAAAGCCAGGACUUUGCUCCUUGGGUUAAUUCGGGAAUGUUCCAUUCGGGAUUUCCUGGAUUUCCACUCCAGUCAUUUCAGCAGGACUUUGCUCUUUGGGGUUUUCCCUAAUUGGGGAAUGUUCCAUUUGGGAUUUCCCAAUAAAAUUAAAGCCAGGUCUGCUGCCAGGCUCAGCUUUGGGGACAGAGCAUUUCCCAGCAUUUCCAGCAUUUCUGGGGUUUUCCAGAACCCCAAAUCCCCCCUCAGGGAGGUUUGAGGGCAGCAGCUCCCAUAAAACCCAGCAGGAUUCCCACCGGGAAUUUCCCUCUCUGCAGCUUUCAGAUUUAGAAAUUAAAAAUCGAGAAAUAAAAAUGGUU